GAGGACGUCACCUCAGCCCUCCAUGUACGUCGGUGUGGUCGGAAAAGUGUGACGCAUUGUCUUCAGAGGUGACCGGUCGUUAUUUUCAGAAUGAAAAGAGGCUCUGGGUUUUACUUCCGAGCAGUGUUGGUCCUCCUCUUCCUAAUGCAUAUCUCGCUGACGAUUGCCAGAAAACCACCGUUGAACGGCAGCAUAUUCGGAAAACGAGUCAGCACCAUUGAGUACGAUGUUGGGAAAACACUAUCGGCUGUUUGUGAGGUGGCAGUGGAAGCAUGUAGUUCUUGGUUUCCAGAGGAGGAAAAUAAAUGAAAGCAUAUUUUAACGCACAAAUUUGCCUGUAUCAUAAUUUACAGAUUUGACUAUGAAAAUUAUUUAUUCAUUACUAAAAUAUGAGUCAUUGUUAUUGUUGUUAGACCCUGAACACUCGAGGGAAAUUCAACUCAAAAGUUGUACUCGAAUGAUCACAAUAUGUAAACCAUUUCAGAUUUAAGUAUACCAGUUGCAUUUUUUGGUGCUAUUUCA